AUGGCGCACAGCUGUCGGUGGCGGUUCCCCGCUCGGCCCGGAGGGAGCAGCAACUCCGGUACCGGGAGGAGAGCGGGCCGAAUCCGGGUUACUGCCUCUCUGCAGAACGUCUCCGGAGCCCUCCCUAACGCUGCUGGGCUCGGACCCGGGUUUGAUGCUGCAUUACAGGUCUCCUCGGUUAUCGGGAGCAACCUGCAGAAAUUUCGGGAUGUUUUGGGUGAAUCGAGUGACUCGAGCAGCGGGGAGGACGAAGCAUUUAGAGGAUUUAGAACAGUUACUGAGCAGAAAAGAAUACAGAGCCCUUCAACAACCUCUUCAGGUCCACCACUGCAGGAGAAGAAACCCAGAGGCCGUCCCCCAAGAGCCUUCACUACCCAGAAAGCUGCUGCAUGUCUACCUUCCCCUUCCUCCAUUCCUUCCCCCACACAGGCCAAACCUGAGGGUCCUGAAAGGCCAGCUGAGAAGGUGAAAAGGCUGCCUGGGAGGCCACCUGGCACCAGAGAAAAGAGAAGAGGCCGACCCCCGUCCUCAAGUAGCAAAAAGACUUGGACUACAGGCAACCAUGCAGCAGGGGAGAGUAAUAGACUGGCUGGGUCGGAGCUGGGCAUGGACACAGAGGAGGACAAUGACAGAAAGGGUGUCAAGAGGACGGCCCCAGGCUCUGCUCAGCCACACAACACUGAUGCAAAGCUUCCCAAAGGUGGGCGGGGUGAAUCCAAAGUUACCAACUUGAAAAGGCUAAGAGUGACUAAACUGGCCCCUCUCAAGUCACGGCUCAAGACAUUGCCUGGUGUACCCCGCCGCAGACGUGGGCGACCUCCCUCAGCCGAACGUCUCAAAGCUGAGGCGGCAGCAGCUGCUGCUGCACAGCUCUCCUCCUCCAUUGAAUGUGGGGAUGGGAAACAUAAGGUCUAUAGGGCCAGAGGGGGGGAUAGAGGCACAGAACCACACACUCCCCAGCCCAUGCUGAGGAAUGUAGAUGGUUCUGAGGACCAGGACUCUGCCAAUCCACCUGCUUCCCCGUCCCCCUCCAAGUCUGGCAGAACAGUUGGCCUUCGAAAAAGCCCUCGCCAUAGAAAGCCUGUCAGAAUUGUCCCCUCAUCCAAACAUGCAACCAUCGCUAAACAGUUGCUGCAGCGUGCAAAGAAAGGAGCGCAGAAGCGGCUGGAGAAGGAGGCUGAAGCCAUUGUAGGGAGUGGGUCAGGAACUGUUGAGGCUGGCAUCAGGAAGACCCAACUAAAGAACAUUAGGCAGUUCAUCAUGCCAGUCGUAAGCACUGUCUCCCUUCGCAUCAUCAAAACCCCCAAACGCUUCAUUGAAGACGAGGGCAGCUUUGGAACUCCUACACCCCAUAUGAAGAUAGCACGGUUAGAACCAACCCCCUCCUCUGUGUCCACACCUACCCAACCCACAUCCACCACCUCUUCUUCCCCUGCCCCUGUACUGGCCUCCUCUACACCCGCUGUUACUAACACUGGCACCACUGCUCCUGUAGACUCCCUCCCCCCUCCUCCACCUCCUGCCCCAACUCCCAGUGCUCCAUCAACAGCUGCAAAUCUGCUCAACAGCAGCACAAACAAUGCUAACGCCAAUGGGCGAUUUAGCAGCAGCGCGGCAUCUUGUGGCUCAAGCGCUGUGUCCCAGCACUCCUCCCAGCUCUCCUCUGCAGAGUCUUCCAGGUCCAGCAGCCCCAGCUUGGAUGACUCAUCAUGCGACUCCCAGGCUUCAGAGGCCACGCAGGCUUUGUCAGAGCCUGAGGAUCACUCUCCAUCCUCACAGGGAGAGAGGGAGGCCAACCUGUUACACAGCUCACGGCCUCCUACGCCUCCUUCUGAGCCAGAGCAAGAGCAUGUGUUGGCAGAAUUGAGUUCGCGUGGCCGCAGAGGACAGGGUGUCGGCCGGGGAAAUCAGAGGGUUAGAGAAACCGCAGGGGCUAAGAAGCCGAUCAUUAGCCCGCCAACAGGAGUGCUGUUGUCCUCCUCUGCACUUGUAAAUUCCCAGCAAGCUUCAUCGACAGCCUCCUCCUCUUCUUCACCUCCACCUCCACCGCUCCUCUCCCCUCCACAGCCUCUACAGUCAGCUUCCUCCAAUGCAGCUGCCAUCAGUGAACACCACGCUCAGUCACCCUGGAUGUCUCAUCAGUUCCUCGCUGGACCUUCGGUUCUAUCCAGCUUGUCAGACAAACGAAGCCGCUCGAUUCUGAGAGAGCCCACUUUUCGCUGGACGUCCCUGUCCCACCCUGGACAUCAGUACUUUUCCUCAGCUAAAUACGCCAAGGAGGGCCUAAUUCGCAAGCCAAUAUUUGACAACUUCCGUCCUCCCCCUCUCACUGCGGAGGAUGUGGGGCUGAUGCCACAAGGUGUAGGUGGAGCAGGGGGAGCGUCUCCAGUUUCCUUCCCAGCGCCAGGCGGUGGGGCAGGGACAGGAACUCGUCUUUUUUCCCCUCUUCACAGUCACACCCAUCACCAACAUCCCUCUUCGUCCCGCUUUGACGCCACACUCCAGAAGCGCAGCCCCUUGCUCCGUGCUCCCCGAUUUACACCCAGUGAGGCCCACUCUCGGAUAUUCGAGUCUGUUACGCUGCAUUCAUCUUCUGGAAGCAGCCCUGGCUCUCUCUCCCCACACCAGACUUCCUCUAGCUCCAGCAGAGCGCUGCGGCGCAGGAGAAGACUGGCUUCCGUAACAUUACGUGGCAAUCCACGGUCUCCUUCCCAUUCAAUGACCAGACGCAGCAGCCAAAUAGGAGGUCAGAUAUCCAUAAGGAAAGGGUCUUCUGAGAUGUCUGUGCUGACAGGCUCUGUCUCCAAUAGUAACUCCAGCUCUUUGCCAGGGGUUUCUGCAAGUCCACUAGCCACUAGUGCCUUAACUCCUGCCUCUUUCAGCACCUUCUCCACUGUUUCCCGGGCUCCGUCCUCACAAGGGACAACUGAGAGCAGGAGGGGGGCGUCUGGAAACCCUCCUCCUUUGUCAACUACAUCCUCCUCUUCCUCCCCACUUUUCCCCCUCUUUCCUUCCAGUGCACAGGACACAGGGCGAGGAGCUGGGAAAGGAGGUAAGGAUAAAUGCCUGUCAGCUACCCAGGAAUCUGCACCGAAAGAAAAAGAAAGGGAUUCUGAGAAAAACAGAGAGAAAGAGAAGGAGAAUAAGAGGGAGGGGAGAAAGGAGUUGGAGAAAAGAAGCAAAGUUUCUACACCUGAUGGCUCCCCAAAUGCACCUUCUGGACUGUUUUCUGUGGAUGGGAGGGACUCAGAAGAUACUCUUAUAACUCUUGCUCCAAAAAAGACUCCAGGUAGAAAAAAAUCCACAUCCGUUGACACGGUCUCAGAUACCGUGUCCUCAGAGUUGCGCGGAAUCCAUUCCGCUGUUCCCCUUUCCAUUGCUAAAGGGCGUUUAGCUAAGAAGGGUAGACCCUCAGAGAAAGGGGUAGAGGUGGAGGAUGGGGAAAAGGAGAAGGAGAAACAAAGUGCUCCUAGCCAGCAGACAGCAAGCCUUCCAGGGCAGCCAGGCAGACAACAGCUCCCUGUCGCCUCUCUUGGACCAGUGUUGGAGCAUGCAGAGAAGCAGCCUGUGACAGACAAGCGGGUAGUUGGACUCUUAAAGAAGGCCAAAGCACAGCUCUUCGAGAUCAAGAAGAGUAAGCUAAAGCCUGCAGACCAGACCAAGGUUCAGGGUCAAGAGAGUGACUCGUCAGAGACCUCAGUCCGCGGUCCACGCAUCAAGCAUGUAUGUCGUCGUGCAGCUGUGGCUCUUGGUCGUAACCGGGCUGUGUUCCCUGACGACAUGCCCACACUUAGUGCCUUGCCUUGGGAGGAGAGAGAGAAGAUCCUAUCUUCCAUGGGGAAUGAUGACAAGUCAUCAGUAGCAGGCUCCGAGGAGGCAGAGCCUCAGUCCCCUCCCUUAAAGCCACGUGAGACACGGCAAAAGGCUGUUCAAGAAGCUCCUCCCAAGAAGGGUCGUCGGUCGCGACGCUGUGGUCAGUGCUCAGGAUGCCAAGUUCCAGAAGACUGUGGGGUCUGCACCAACUGUCUCGACAAGCCUAAAUUUGGAGGGCGAAACAUUAAAAAGCAAUGCUGCAAGAUGAGAAAGUGUCAGAAUUUGCAGUGGAUGCCCUCAAAGAUGUUUCUUCAAAAGCAGGGAAAAGGCAAGAAAGACAAGAAAAAGAACAAGCUGUCCGAGAAGAAAGAGGGUCUCAAUUUGGUCAAAGGACCGACCUCAGAGUCUGGACCUAAAUCCUCGCCUGCACCACCAAAGGAGGAGCCUCUCCGCAAAAAGAGCGACACACCGCCACUCAAGUUGCCAGAGGAUAAGUCAAGACAGCCACAGCCUUCGUCAAAGCAGUCAUCGCCAACCCUCGCGUCCUCCCCUGCCCCACUUGAACCCCCUCAGACCCCCAACACAGUCACAGCACCGACCCCGUCUCCAGUCCCGACACCAGACACCAAACAGCCCUCCGUCACAGGCAGUGUCACCAGCAAGAAGGGACACAAAGUACAGCCCUCUGUACCAACAUCCUCCUCCUCCUCCUCAUCAUCAUCCUCUUCUUCCUCAUCCACUUCUUCAUCGUCCUCAUCCUCUUCAUCUUCCUCCCCCUCGUCUUCAGCACAGAAUUCCCCAUCCCAGUCUACACAAUCUCAUCAUCAACCGUCACAGCAGCAGCAGCAGCAGCAGCAGCAACGGCCUCUUACGAGUCAGGCACCUUCCAAAAAAGACGCAUCACCCAAGAUUCCUCUGAGCGAACCCAAGAAGAAGCCCCAGCAGCACUCAGUGCAACAGCAAAGCUCAACUCCUACCACUUCAGACACGGCUGAAUCAAAACAGUUGAAGAAGCCCGCUUCUCGCUCUGUUCCCCCAUCUCCCAAACUGAGAGCAAAAGAUAAGCCACUGACCACUAAACCUCUCAGCAGUAGUACUUUAAACUGGCUGAGCACUCCCUCGACUAGGGGCCAGACCAUGUCCAGAGCGCCCUGCGACGGAGUGCAUCGUAUCAGAGUGGAUUUCAAGAGGGACCAUGAUGUGGAGAAGGUGUGGGAGGCUGGCGGCCUCAGCCUGCUCACCUCUGUGCCUGUCACACCAAGGGUGCUCUGCUUCUUAUGCGCGAGCAGUGGAAAUGUCGAGUUCGUCUUCUGCCAGGUGUGCUGUGAACCCUUCCAUCUCUUUUGCCUUGGGGAGUCAGAGCGCCCUCUCCAGGAGCAAUUUGAGAACUGGUGUUGUAGAAGAUGCAGAUUCUGCCAGGCCUGUGGACGCCAGCAUCAGAAAACUAAACAGCAGCUGCUAGAGUGUGAUAAGUGCCGAAACAGCUAUCACCCGGAGUGCCUGGGUCCCAACCACCCCACCAGACCCACCAAGAAGAAGAGAGUCUGGGUUUGCACCAAAUGUGUGCGCUGUAAGAGUUGCGGAGCCACUAAACCUGGGAAGUCCUUAGAUGCCCAGUGGUCACAUGACUUCUCUAUGUGUCAUGACUGUGCCAAACUUUUUGCAAAAGGAAACUUCUGCCCAUUAUGCGAUAAGUGCUAUGAUGAUGAUGACUACGACAGCAAGAUGAUGGAGUGUGGCCAUUGCAACCACUGGGUUCACGCUAAGUGUGAGAAUCUGACGGAUGAAAUGUACGAGCUGCUAUCAAAGCUGCCAGAGAGCGUUGCCUACACAUGUACCAAAUGUACCAACCGGCAUCCGGCCGAGUGGAGGACAGCGCUGGAGAGGGAGCUUCAGGGCUGCGUUCGCCAUGUUCUCACUGCACUGCUCAACUCGCGCACAUCGUCACACCUUCUACGCUAUAGACAGGCGGUGAAGCCUCCAGAGCUGAACCCCGAGACAGAGGAGAGUCUUCCAUCCCGUCGUUCCCCGGAGGGCCCAGAUCCUCCAGUCCUGACAGAAGUCACUGCCACACCCCCCAGCGACUCCCCUCCAGACCUGGAGUCGGUUGAGAAAAAGAUGGAUCAUGGCCGUUACAAUUCAGUGCUGGAGUUCAGCGAUGAUAUCGUGCGGAUUAUUCAGACGGCCAUCAACAGUGACGGGGGCCAACCUGAGAGCAGGAAAGCAAACAGCAUGGUCAAGUCCUUCUUCAUCCGGCAAAUGGACCGCAUCUUUCCAUGGUUCAAGGUGAAAGAGUCAAGUUUCUGGGAAAGGCAAAACGUCUCUGCAAAUAGUGGGCUCCUCCCAAAUGCUGUGUUGCCUCCGUCCCUAGACCACAACUACGCCCAGUGGCAGGAGACACAGGAGCUCUCUCGUGCAGAGCUACCCCACCUCAUGAAAAAGAUCAUCCCAGCUCCUCAACCCAAGACCCCAGGUGAACCGGAUUCUCCGGCCUCCCCUCCUCCGCUCCCUCCAUCUCUGCCCCCACCGCCUCCACUCCUACCUGAUCGGGAAGACAGCCCUGAGCUCCCUCCCCCACCAGGCAUCAGUGAUAACAGACAAUGUGUUCUGUGUCUAAAGUAUGGAGACGAGAAUACUAAUGAGGGAGGCAGGCUGCUGUACAUUGGUCAGAACGAGUGGACACAUGUGAACUGUGCCCUGUGGUCUGCCGAGGUGUUUGAGGACGACGAUGGCUCUCUCAAGAAUGUUCACAUGGCUGUUCUCAGGGGAAAACAGCUGAGCUGUGAGAAGUGUCAGAAGCCAGGGGCCACAGUUGGCUGCUGCCUCACCUCUUGCACCAGCAACUACCACUUCAUGUGCGCCCGCCAGUGUCACUGCGUCUUCCUUGAGGACAAGAAAGUCUACUGUCCAAAGCACCGAGACCUCAUCAAGGGAGAAGUGGUGUCUGGGUUUGAGGUGACCCGCAGGAUCCUGGUGGAUCUAGAGGGCAUUAGUCUCAGGAGGAAGUGGCUGGCAGGCCUGGAGCCUGAAAAUGUCCACAUGAUGAUAGGCUCCAUGACCAUUGAUUGUUUGGGGAUACUGACUGAACUCUCAGACUGCAAAAGCAAACUCUUCCCUGUAGGGUACCAAUGUUCGAGGGUGUACUGGAGUACUUUAGACGCUCGAAAGCGCUGUGUGUAUACCUGUAGGAUCCUAGUUUGUCACCCUCCAGUGGUAGAGUCUGACCUAAAAAACAUGAUGGCUCCUGAGGAGAAUCGCACUAUAGCACACAGUCCUCCCAUAGCAGACUUUCCUGAUCCAUUUGAAUCCCCGAGACGAUCUGAAACACUUUCACCUUCCAAUACUCCCAAGCUCAGGGUUUACACCAGGAACAGACACCCAAGCUACCCCCCCUGUCAGCGCUCACUAGGCCCCAGGCCCAUGCCCUCACCAGGAGGUAACUCUCAGCCCCAAAGCCAUGAGAUUGUCACUGUAGGAGACUCCCUGGUGAACUCCACCAUGCGCAACAUUGACUCAUGUCGCCACAGCUCCAUUUCUCUCUCUCUGACUUCCCACCAGCUGAACAGACAAAGAGGGGCAACCUCCCUCCUCCAGAUUUCAUCACGUCCGCUUACCUCACCCCCGCCCCUCAUCCCCUCUCCUGCCAGAGACCCUGAAAGGUCCAAACACCUCAGCAAAGACUCUGCGAAGAGUCCAGUCCAGAAAGAGGAAGAAAGAGGCAGACCAUUCUCCACUGACAGAAACAGAUCACAACCAUCCAGGGACCAGGGGCCGAGAGAUGCAGACAAGGGAAGGGUGUUGGGUCAGGACCAAGCCUCCAAGGUUUCUGACAAGUAUAAAUCUUCCAGGGAACUUGGGCAGAAAGACUCUGACAAAGACAUAAUACCAACCAAAGAGCAAGAGAAGAGGAAACUGUCUAGUAAAGACUCAGGUCAGAAAGAAUCUGUACGAGGAAGAUCUCUCAGUAGAGAUCUUUUGAAGGAUUCCGAAAGGGGGAGACAAGCAAACAGAGACUCUGAGAAGUGGAGACAGGCGAGCAGAGAGUCAAGUAAUCGAGACACGGACAAGAACAAGUCAACGUCCAAGGAUUUUGAAAAAUCUCGAUCUCUCAGUCGAGACACAAGUGUGAGGGAGUCUGAGAAGCAUAAACAAUAUAGCAGGGAAGCAGGAAAAGACUCAGGUCAAAGUAAAGACAGACUGUCCAGCAGAGACUCUGACAAGAGUAAACCUUCCUCUAGAGAUUCCAGUUAUAGAAGCACAGAGAAAAACAAAGACUCUGGCUCAGGGAAAGAUAACAACCCUGGCAGCCAGUCCAAACAGGCUGGAGGUGAGAGUAAAUCCAUCAGACUGGCACCUGCAGGAUCAGGUCAGUCCUCCCCUCCUGUGGGCACUGCUGUUCUCACAGCUCAGCAGAGAGGUGGAAGCACCAAGCAAGCAGACAAGCAAGGGAAACACGGAGGCAAAGACCAGGGUGUUCCGCAGUCUCGCUACAGGUCCACCCCCACAUCUAACAUAAUUCAGUCUAAGGACAAGCCCAGCUCAGGGAAGGAGAGUAGUAGUGUCACUGGAAAUAUGUCAGCUUCACUCCAUAAGGACUCUGUGGUUGGGAAAUCCGUCUCCCCACACUCAUCAUUUCAGAAGUCAAAUGCAGGUAAAUCAAUUGAUUACUCGUCAGGUGCAGCUACAGCAGCAACCAUGAAGCCUGUGUGGCCGUCAAGGACACCCGCAGAAGAUGAUGUUGCCAGGCAAGGCUCCUUGCACUUUUCCUCCCAAGCUGCAGCCUCAGCUGCCAAAGACAAACACCCCAAAGCAAAGAUGGCAGGCAGCAAAGAGGCGUCCAAAGACCGCGACAGAGAUAGGAGUCUCCAGAACAGCAACAGUUCCUACAAAAUCCCUCUUCUUAAUAAUAACACAAAAGCUUCCGGCAGCUCCAACAUAUACGCUCCAAACCCCAACUCACACAACAGCAGCAACAGCAAAGCUCCGGUGCUCGGCAACAGCACCAAAGGCCACGGGAAGGCUCCGGGGGAGAAGCAGGAGAACCAGGUAGGAGACAGGUCAUCCUUUAAGAGCAGAGAAAACUACUCCUGUCCUGAGAGGAAGAACAGCUCGAGUCUGGACAACUUACAGCAGCUGCAGCAGGGCGGUCUUUCAAAGGAGAAAGAAGCAAAGACCUCCUCCGUUUCUCACACCAAUCCAACAAGUAACCAGCUCCCUAAAGAGAAAAAGAGAUCAGGUAAACCUCCUGCUGUAACUUCAAUUAAGACUGAUAUCAAGACUGACCCUAAUGGGACCAGCACUGUUGGCGGUAUUUCUUCCUCCUGCCCCACCACCACAACCACGAUAUCCACCGUCUCUCCUGCUGGCCAGGGGACCUGUCGCUCUACCUGCUCCACUCUCUUUUCCUCACCCUCCGCCAGCAGCAGCGACAGCUCUGAAUCCGACACUCAGACUCACACAGAGGAAGAUGAUUUGCACAAAGAGCGCUCACCCAGUGAGCUCCGAGAUCGCCACAGCCUUCCCGCUCAAGGCACAGAGGACGAGGGGGAUGGUCCAGAUGACGACCACGGCAGAGGAAUGGACGUUAAAAGCCAUGAAGAUGACAGUGAUGGUUCAGGAUCCACCAAGCGGCGUUACCCUCGACGCAGUGCCCGCGCACGCUCCAACAUGUUUUUUGGCUUAACGCCUUUGUAUGCUGUUCGCUCGUACGGUGAGGAGGACCUACCCUUCUACAGCAGCGGCGAUGCAGCUGGAGCAGUGGUUAAGAGGAGGACUGGUGGUCGGAAGAAGUCGGCUGAGGGGCAGGUGGAUGGAGCGGAUGAUAUGAGCACCUCCUCUUCUUCAGUUGACAGUGGAGAGGAAGAAGACAGUGGAAUGAAACAACGAGGUAAAGACCCUUACUACUACAACUUCACCCGAACAAUAAUUAACCCUGGCGAGGGUCUACCCUCUAUAGAAGGGAUAGACCAGUGUCUAGGAAGAGGUUCCCAGCUUCAGCGCUUCCUAAAAGACGAGGAGCAACAACAACAGAGAGCUCAAGGAAAAGCUGAAGAGGACUUGCUGAGUGCUUUGACCUUAGGCAAGCAGCAUAUCGGACAGCUGGAUGGUGUCGAUGACGGCUCGGAGAGCGAUACAAGCAUCUGCACCACCAGCACCACAACCACUACAGCCACCUCCUCCGCCACCCCACACAAGAGCACGCCGAGGCGAAGGGGCAGAGAGAGGCACACAGAGAAACCGGACUCCCAUGACACAAGCAAGGAUGCUGACAAUGGUGCAGGAGCAGUGAGCGGGAACACGCGAGAGGGCAGAAAGAACCAGAAAGAAAACUGUCUUCCUUUAGGAGGCGGGGUCAAGUCCCAGCCUCAGGGGCAGGGGCAGGACCCUCUCGAAGCUCAGCUGUCCCUCAGCACAGACCUGCUUAAAUCUGAUUCAGACAACAACAACAGUGAUGACUGUGGCAACAUUUUGCCGUCUGACAUCAUGGAGUUCGUCCUCAACACACCAUCUAUGUCGAUGCAGGCUCUGGGUCAGCAGUCUGAGCCCUCGUCCUCGGAGUUGCUCCUGGAUGAGGGCUACGUUGGAGUGGAUGUAAAUCGGCCUAAAGACAUUCUGUUUGAUGACUUUUCUCAGCCGCUGCCCAGCACUGAGAGCGGAGGUGUAGUGGAGAGCAGUGUGAACAGCUCCAUAUCUGUAGAGGAACCGUAUCUUCCGCUGGAGCUGCCCUCUGACCUCUCUGUCUUGACCACACGCAGCCCGACUGUCAGCUCCAGUCAGAACCACACUGCUGCUGGGAGCCUUAUCUCUGAUACCUCAGACCGCACCAUGCUGGGCUUGACCUCAGACGCCGACACAAUCAGUGGGGAGAAGAGCGGGGAAAAGAAAAGGGCAGUUCCGGUUGUGUCACCUUCAGAAAACCAGCACGAGGCUCCUACUUUGGGAAAAACAGAUACACAGGUCACAGAAGGUCCCAUGACCCCAGAGCAGUUCAUUCCCAGCCCUGCAAUCGGCCAGGUGGUUGAAUCUCCAGGUAACCAGGAUGUCCCAAGAAGUUCUGCCGCCCAUGGUUUGCCAAGUUCUCCUUCCCUGCCCCUCCAGGGUCAGAAAUACCUCCAAGCAUCAGCUGCAGUUGCAGGCAGCCCCAGUCCUGUUCCUGGCCUAGGACCAUCCCAGGCCCAGGUUUCCAGUCCAGCAGUCAUCAAACCGGGCCCUGAUAAGCUCAUUGUUGUCAAUCAGCAGUUCCAGCCUCUCUAUGUUCUGCAGACAGUCCCUAAUGGUGUCACCCAAAAAAUCAGUGCUGCAGGAGUGAUGGAAGCUGGCUCUCCAGCUGUGCUGAGUUCCAUGACGCUCACCACAGGCUUGACUACAGGUUUAUCCAUGGCUCAGCCGAUAUUUUCCACUGGUGGUAAAGUCCUGGGCACCAUGUCUCACCCCUCCCAGAUUCACACCUUCACAGGAGCCACAAGAGCAGGCUUCCAGACAGGAAUCCCCAGCACCACCUCAGGGCUUCUCAUUGGGUUGCCCUCUCAGCCCCACGACCAGUCCCAGAUUCUGGUCUCAGAAGCUGGUCGUCCACAUGAGCUGGGUCACAAUGUUGCAAUAGUGUCUAGUCCCUCCACCCUCACCUCCACUCAGACCAUUCUCGCAUCUGCUCACGGAAAGAAGAGGCCCAUCUCUCGUCUUCAGCCUAGAAAAAGCAAAAAGUUGGCCCGCUCCCGUAGCCAGCCCACCUUGGCCCCGUCUGAAGUGGGUCCCCCAAACAUGACCCUUAUUAACCUGUCGUCCCCUCAAAUUACCGCCAGCAUCCCCGGCCAACCUGGCAGCCUGGUCGAAUUAAGCACCCUCUCCACUUCUCAGCGCAAGGUGCCAAAUAUUAUCAAGAGACCUAAAUCAGGAGGGGUCAUGUACUUAGAACCAACUACUCUCCUUCAGCAGAGGAUUUCUGGUACAGCCCAGUCCGGUAUCCUGGGUCAUGAUUCCUCCACUCACCUCAUACCUUGCACCGUCUCUGGUCUCAACCCCAGUCAGUCUGUGUUGAAUGUGGUGUCGGUGCCACCUAGUGGUGCUGCAGGGCCUAUUGCACCAGGAUCAGUGUCUCUGUCCACCCCCGUCCUCAGCUCUGCAGAUAUCACAGGGCCGAUUAGUAACCUCCUGUUUAAACCCAGUACACAUGGCCUGGGCCUGUCUGAUCAGCCAAUGGUCCUUCAGUCAGCGGGGGGAGGCACUCUAAUGUCACAGCUCAGCUCCACCAUGCAGACGUCCAUAGCCAGCAGCAUCUGCGUCCUGCCGACCCAGCAGACCAUAAACAUGGCUGUCAACCAGCACGGAGAAACAGAGGGCAGCAAUGUCCACUUACAUCAUCAGUCUCAUUCUGUAAACAGAGCCCAGGCAAUGGACUCCUCUCCAAACACCACUGGUACUUUAGCCCACACAUCAUUGAGCCCUGCCAAGGGACGUGUUGUCGGAGUGUUCACCCAAGCCUCUGCACACUCCCAAAGCAGUAGAACAACUCCCAUUUCCACGUCAUCGCAACAGAUGCCACCUAACUCUGUUCCAUCAGUCAAAGUUCUAGGAUCAGAAAAAGGCAAGCAGAAAACAAAAAGAAGCAGGCAGACCUCAGACACAGCCAGCGGAAAGAAGCUCAAGGCCUCUCAGUCAGAGGAGCAUCACAGCAACCCUGCAGGACCACUACACUCAAACACAAGCAGUUCCAAAGAGCUGAGCUCCCCUGAACCCAUGGACACUGGAAAGCCAGCAGACAAGGCAGCAAACAAGAGUAUGAUUGGUAAGAAGAAGACAGCUGAAGGUCCAGUUGUACCAGGGAAAGUAGUUGGAAGAGAUAAACCAUCUGCAGCAAGGGGAGCGGGGUCUCUUGCUGUGGCUUUACCACCUGACCAGGACGGCAACAGCAGAGAUACCGCCUUGGAUAGCAAACCCAAGAAGGGCAUCAUCUUUGAAAUCUGCAGCGAGGACGGGUUUCACAUCCGCUGUGAGAGUAUUGAGGAGGCUUGGAAAUCCCUGACUGAUAAGGUGCAGGAAGCUCGCUCCCAUGCACAACUUAAAGAGCUUUCUUUUGAAGGCGUGAACGGAUUGAAGAUGCUGGGUGUUGUUCAUGAGGCUGUGGUCUUCCUACUCGAGCAGCUGUACGGCUCCAGGCACUGUCGGAGUUACCGUUUCCGCUUCCACAAACCAGAGGAGACCGAUGAACCUCCCAUCAACCCCCAUGGGUCGGCUAGAGCAGAGAUCAUCCACAGGUCUGUAUUUGACAUGUUCAAUUUCUUGGCCUCAAAACACCGCCAGCCUCCUGAGUACAGGCCACAGGAAGAAGAUGAUGAUGAAGGUCACCUAAGGACGGCCAGGCGUGCCACCAUGGAGCUCCCACUGACUGUGAGAUUCAAACAGCUCAAGACCACUUCUAAGGAAACAGUUGGAGUCUUUCGGUCUCCCAUCCAUGGCCGAGGUCUGUUCUGCAAGAAAACCAUCGAUGCGGGGGAGAUGGUCAUUGAAUACUCUGGAAAUGUCAUACGGUCUGUGCUCACUGACAAACGGGAGAAAUAUUAUGAUGGAAAGGGGAUUGGCUGUUACAUGUUUCGCAUCGAUGACUACGAGGUGGUGGACGCCACAGUGCACGGCAACGCUGCCCGCUUCAUCAACCACUCCUGCGAGCCCAACUGCUACUCCCGGGUCAUCACCGUGGACGGCCAGAAGCAUAUCGUCAUCUUUGCCUCUCGCCGCAUCUACUGCGGAGAGGAGCUCACCUACGACUACAAGUUCCCAAUAGAGGACGCCAGCAACAAGCUGCCCUGCAACUGCGGCGCAAAGAGGUGUCGCAAGUUCCUCAACUGACACUGGUUUUACAUUUUCUUAAUUUAAAGAUGACUGAGGACGUUCUGAAGGGGCUCCAUAGAGGAGUUUACUGUGGCUUCAUGCUGAUCCACACAGGAUCAUACUUUCCAACAGGGCCUGAGCUCUGUCAGCUUUUCUGCUGUUGUUAGCAGAACACAGCAGACACAGCUAUGUACUAUGUAUACAGGGCAGGCCAUUUUGGAGGAGGGGCCAUUUGUAGAAAUUCCAACAUAUUGUGCCUCCUUUUCUCUCAUUUACAUUUGGCAUGGGAAGUUCCACCUUCAGAGGUGUGUAAUGAAACGGUUUGAGCCUUCACAUCAUUGCAAUAUUGAUUCUAAUUUACAUGUGGGUGAUUAAGUAACCCCUUCAUUAUGUUUUUUUUACAUUGGCCCAUCCUCCUUAAUUUCCUAGAAUACGUUAUGGUCCACUAUUGCUGAGAUGUGAACAAAAAAACAAAAAAAUCAAAGAACAUGGAUCCGUUUUUACACCAAAGUGCAAUUUGUUGAAGGGAUUUGGAAGAGUAAUUUUACAAGAAAGAAAAAUUAGAACCAUGUUAGAAAUCCUUUUUUCUUUUUUUUAAAGUCGCAGUGUCAGCUGUUAUUGAUGCGCAUCUUCUUGUCUGAAUGUGCCCUGAUGCCUUCAGAGCCAAUGUUAACUGGUGGAAGCCUCCCCUAAAGGUGGCAACACUGUAAAGGUUCAAGCUGUUAAAGCAGCCUGAUGUGUACAGGUGGAAGCACUAGAGGGAGCAGUGGCCACAGAGACAGGGAAAAAAAGAGACAAGAGGGGGAGGAAAUGAAGAUUUGUUUGAAGAAAUAAAAAGAAAGGAGGUUAGGUUGACAUUAUGGUUAAUAUCUAAGGGUGAUUCCAGACGUCGUAGUACAACAAUGGAUGUGUACUAUGACAGCUUGGUAGCUAUGUAGAAAUGUUAUUGAUGGGAUUAAGCCUCUGGCCUGAGAGAGCGAGGCAGCUAGAGACUCUGGUGGACUGACAGCCGAGGGACCGGAGAACCCUGCUGAUGUGCUUUAGUAGAUAUAUUUGUAAUUUUUUCUUUUUUGUUUUUUCUUUAAGCUGUGAUCCUGAUACAGCCAAUGGAUCUGACAGAAACAUAGAAGGGUUUGUGCAUGCUGUUGUUCUCGUCAAAACUUGUUAUUGGUAUAAGCUUGGACUCUUGAGUCACGUUCCAAAUUACAGCAGCAAACAGAACCAAACAUCUCGCCCUUGAAUUGAAUUUCACAAAGCUUGUUUUCUUCUUGGCCUAUUGUGAUAACUAUUAAUAUGUAAAAUGUGUUGUUUUUUUUUAUUUGUAUUAAGUCUUUUAAAGUCUGUUAUCUGUCUUUUUAUUAUGGACAGGGAAAUAUCAUGCAUUGCUUUUAAAAAAACAUGUAAAUAAUGUAUAUUUUUCUACAAAAAGACUUAAAAAGCACUCACUAGUGAAUAGCACUUAAUGAUGGUAUUUAUAUUUUUAAAAAAUCCUAUUUAUUUUGUUGCCAUUUUUGUAGGAAAUAGAGGUUUACAAACACUAAUGCUUUGUCUCUAUGUUUUGUAUUCCGCUGCCUUUUUACAAUUCUUCUUUUGUUUUGUUUCAGUUUUGUUUCUUGUUGGGUUUCUUUUUUUAUUUCGUAGCCUGAAUGUUUUCUUUGAUUCCAAAGACUGACACUGGUCUGUGGCUUGGUCCCCUCUUUAGUUCAGUCCACCAGUAGCUCUUUUAUCUAUCCCAGGCCAUUGGGUCAGAGCUGACAGGUUCUUUAAAAAUUGUUCUAGUUCUAGCUGGCAGUACGGCUGUUUAUGUGAACUAUUAUUAUGCACUUGAGAGAGUUUAGAUUGUUGAUCCAGAGCUGACAUCUCCUCUCUCCAGCCUUAUCCUCUCCACACCGCAUCGAGCCAAGAAGCAAGUCCACUCAACAGAAAGUCAUUUCAAAAUGACUCGGUUUUUCUUGUCAUUAAUCGAUCAUUGAUUGACAGGCGUUCAGCCGAUCUGCACACAAGUCAAAUUAAACAAGAGUCCCUUUGGUUGUUAAGAGUUUGUCCCUUUGAAGACUCAGUUUAUAACAAAGAGUUGCCUUUAUUUUAAUGCUACCGACACCAUCUAUCAUACCUCCAUUAAGCCAACCUGUUAAUGAGGAAAACAACAUGUAUUCCUGCUCAGAACUCCUCCGUUUCUGACCAGCAGUUUGAAGUCACUAUUAUUUUGGUCUUCUUUACGAUGCCUUUUUGGACUGACUGGUUCCACUUUCCAUAGUUCCUUUUUCAAUGAUGUUAUUGUUGUCUGUGGUUCAUGCUGACCUCGUCCUGCAGGCCGUCCGCCAUCACUUCCACACUGCUCCUUGUUGUGAACUGAAACCACACAUGGUUUGCACUUCUGCGGUGACACAGGCACUGAAUAGAUGUAGGAAAAAAAAAACUCAGCUCUUCUCUUAACAGACAGAUGCAACUCCAAUGCUGAAAACACAAGCACACAUAGUCACUGAGAAAGUUUGUGCAUGAGGCACCGAUGUAAAAAAAAAAAAAACUGAGUUCAGUCAACUGGGAUUGGUCUACAAUAAUCCAGAACGUGGCAAAUGAGGCUCUCUAAAAGUGCACUUGACUCUUUCUUUAUCUGCAACAAAGUGAAGGCAGGGACCACACCAGCAGUCCUAUCCUUCCUGAAGGGGCAGUGUGUACAAACCCUCUGCUGUGCUUUUCCAUUUAGGGCCCUAGACCAGGUGUUGUAGGCCCCUUUUGUCAUCUGACAGGCCAGCGGCGUGGUUGUACGGCUGCACCUUCAUCUGACUCGCUGGGUUCUGCUGCUAAGGUCAACAAUGAAUGUAUAUUCCUCCUCCGCAUCAUCAGACAUGUGAUGAUGCGGAGUCUUUGUCAGCCACAUUUUGUUUUCAGUUCUUGUGUCAACUAGUACAUAUGACCUCAAGCUGGGCAGCAGCAACAGAAUAAUACACAUAAGUGUGAACAGCAGUGGGAUACAUGUCUGUAAGACGCCUGGUUUGUCCUGGGUACGCUCACAACUCAAUGCUAGCAUCGGUAAUAACACUUUUACUGAUGCAAAGGGCUCUGUCUAUGACUUUCACUUCUCGAGAUCUACUUCUGAAGGUCAGAGGGUUCAGUGAUCAAUAAGUCAUUUAUUUCUGAUAUACAAUAAGGGAAUGGUCUCUGUCGUUUCUUUGGACUUCAUUUUACCAUGCCACACCAGUGGCCCUUCUCCAUCACUCUCUGUAAUUAUAGUAUAAAUACAUAAUAUUAUACGGAAACAUGCAUAGCAAUUUCUUGUACUUUAGUAUCUAUACAAUAUAUGGAAUGGACAGACAAACUUAGUUACAGUAGCAAAACAGCAGAUUUAUAAUGGUUAAUAGCAAUGUUUCAAUGUACUCUAUAAUGGUUUUUGUGUUGCAGUAUCAGCUGAAACUAACGUGCAUCAUUCUUUUGUAUAUUAAUAUCCAGUUCCAAUUUUGCCGUGCCUGUGAGCGCUCCUUCCUCAGCAAGAAGCGCUGCAGUUUAGCUUUCUCUUUUCUUUCUGGAAACAAACGGUUUUUAUGUGAUCAGAAAUGUAAUUGUAUUAAUGUGGUUGUGAACUUUCUUGGGGUCAGCCUUUUUCUUUUCUCCCCCCCCCCCCUCUGGUUGUUGUAGUGAACGUUUUUUCUGUUUAUUUCUUUGUACGUUUUAACAGGGACUUUUUAGACGGCUUACUUGAUGUGCUAUAAAUGAAGAGUUUGGUUUAUGGAGACUGAACAGAAAGAUCCCACCAAAAUGUGGUUUGUCAUUUUGGGAAACCUCUCAUGUCUCCCAGAUCAUCUCUUUCUCUCUCUCUCCCUCCCUCCCUCCCUCCCUCCCCUCUGAAGCUUUUGUUGUACUUAUCAUGUACUGUUUUUAUAGAAAGUCAGAAUUCUGAAAUAAUGCCGAUGUUGAAAACAUUUUAUUUAUUUAUUUUGUGCAACAUCCACCCUGAAUUGUUAUUUUUACAAGUCAAGGUUUGGGAGAGCUAGGAAGAGUACGUAAAGUGUUUGUAAUUUUUCAAUUGUUUCUUGUGUAUAGAAGUUAUCAGCCGAGGAUGGGAUGUCAUGUCACGGAGGGAGCCGGUGGUAGGAAGAACAAAAAAAAAAAAAAAAAAGGAAUCAUGGAUUAUGAACAGGCUUGUUUCUUAUGCCUUGAAUAUACCUUUGUCUUAUCAAUAUUCCUCCUGCUUUGUAAUAACUGUCAACAGUCAUUUUUUCUCCCGUUAUAACAGUGUUAUUUCAAUACACAAUAACAAAAUGAAGGAAAACCACAACCGUGAAAAUGAACCACAAACUACUUGGUUGAAUGUAUAAUUAGGAAACAAAGUUGUACAUAAGUGUAAAAAGAAAAGUUUCUAAUCAUGUUUAUUUUCUAUGCACUUUUUUAUUUAAGUGAUAGUUUAAAUAAUAAACAUGUCUCCUUUA